AUGACAAAAUUAUGUAUCUGUCAAAUUUGCACCUGCGGGAAACAUCGAUGUCCUCAUCGCCCCUAUGGUAUCAUCGGUAAAGGUGAUCAAGAUUGUGCGAUCACUGAAUACCGAUCAGAAUUCAUUCCACGAGAAGGCGGCGUGCGACAAUCGUUUAAACCUGAGUAUAAUCUACAAUUGAGUACAGCACGAUUGGAUGAUGAAACAACGCAUAAACAUGAUUUCAUUACGCAUUCUAUUUAUAAAACGCAGUCAUAUAAACCGGAAGAAGUUUAUGUUCGCCAAGGCGAUUUCGAUUCGUUAACUAGUUAUAAUCAGGAAUAUACACCGAAAGGUGGUGAACGUGCGCAAAUGAUUAGACAUGAAGAUCAUCGAACAGCACAGGCUCCAUUCGAGGGUGAUCCAACCUAUCGCACUGAUUAUCGUAAAUGGGAAUCGGCUCGAACUGAAGCUAUUCGACACGAUGGCGGUUAUGUUCCACCAUCCGCUCCAUUCCGAGGUGAAAGUACAUACACAACGGAUUAUUUGAAACAUGAAGGAGGAAUGCGUCAGGCUAUUCGACCUGAUCAAUCCAUUUUACAAUCUCAAGAUCCGUUCGAUGAUCGAACAGGUUAUCGAUCAGAUUACAUUCAACAUCCCAUGCAAGAACGUUACCAACGCACACGAGAAGAAUAUGUUCCCAGUGGAGUUUCAUUAGAUUCGUUGACAACACAUCGACGAGAUUUCACACCUAAAGAUGCCGACCGAACACGUUCAAUGAAACCGGAUGAACAAGGUUUUCGAUCAAAUGCUCGUUUCGAUGAUACGACAACUAAUAAAACUGAUUAUAAACCAUGGGAAGUUCAAGCAAUACAAACGCAUAGACCCGAUGAAUAUCGUCCAUUACCCGGUGAUAUGGAUUUGAAUACAAUGUACAAUUCUGAAUUCACACCUAAGCCAUACGCAAAAACAACAGCCAUUCGUCCAGUCGAAAGACACGGAACGGAUGCCAGAUUUGAAGGUAGCACAACAUAUUUAGGCGAUUACAAACAGUGGCCUGAAGGACGACAAGCGGCAAUACGAGCAAAUAAUGGCUAUGUACCACCAAGUGUACCAUUCGAAGGAAUGUCAACAUACAGAGGUCACUAUAUUCAGCAUGAAGGUGGUGCUCAACGAUCUUAUAAACCUGAUGGUGUUGCUUAUCGCUCCACCGCACCGUUCGAUGAUGCAACUAUGUAUAAAACUGAAUAUACAAGAAAGGAAGUUGAACCGUGUCCAGCCUGUUUCCUUGAUACGCCACGUAGUAAUUUCGCUUUUGCUCACGCGGAACCAACUGGUCACAAAUUUUAUCAACCACACGCUGAAGUAUUUCGAUCACAAUAUCAACAACCUGUCGCAGUUUAA